AAUAAUCGGACAAUUUUAUGAUUGCCGUCUUCGGCAAUUCGACUUCUUUCUGCCGCUCGGCUUUAUUUGCAACAGAUCCCACUGCGACUGUGCCCUUCCCCAUCUCUCUCCGCCUCAUCGAUAUCGCAGCGUAUUACUACUUCAAAUCCUUCAUCCUCCUACCCCCAUUACUUUCUCUUCCCCUCUAUCGUUUGUGGAAGUGUCUCCCCGUCCUCCUUACUAGUUUAACCCUCUCUAGCACACCUUAAUUUCAGUCUAAAUUAACCGGCCUUCCCCGGUCGAUAAAGAGACGCCGAGUCACCGUUGACGUUGAUAACCGUAUCGACUUCAAGUAGGAAUGCAAGGCACUUCAGAGUUUGUAGACGAGCAGUCAAGGGCAGCUUCAAAAGCGCCUAUCGUGCGCAAUCCAAGAGCAUGCACUGUUUGUCGGGCAGCAAAGAUGAAAUGUGUCGGAGCAGACGACGGUCUCAAGUCUUGUCAAAGGUGCAAAAGAACAGGUGUAGAAUGUGUCUUUGAGAAACAUCGCAGAGGCCGCAAACCUGGAUCAAAGCUAUCUGAGGCGUCUAAAAUGCUCCGACGCCUAGAGAAGGGAUUAAACACGGCGAAACUCAAACAAAGUGAUUCAUCGUUGUCGACGGUAUUCCCUGCCGACCCCCGCACUCCUCAGACAGAGAACACUCAGUUUGGUGGACUCCAGUCCUCUGACGCUUAUGGUUCCGCUGAUGGAUAUGCGGCUUCGAGCGUCAGUUCACGCACUGUUGAUCCAGAGGAGGAAGAGGACGGGGAAAGGAGCGACGAGAAAUUCCCUGCCAAAUUAAUCAGAAGGGAAAACUCCUUUUUCAGGACCAUCCUCAACCCAGAACACAAGUCGCCAAUGCUCCAUGUGCCCCGAAAUCCUUACCUCCCACAGUCAUUGCGCCCGGCGCCUCUCCCGAUCGGCUACAAUGAUCCAAUCACAGCCGGCUUAAUCAACGAAAACAAAGCAAAGAUCCUCUUUGAUGCCAUAUUCCUUCGACUGAAUCCGUUUAUUAAUCUUUUCGAUCCAGCCCUGCAUUCCGUUGCCUAUGUGCGGUCUAAAUGCCCUUUGUUAUUUACUACCUUGAUAAUGGCUGGCUGCAAAUUCUUCGAACCAAGCUUAUACAAGGAGUGUCUGAAGCUUGCUAAUGACCUCGCAGUCCGGGCAUUUGCAGAAGGCUGGAAACGAGUAGAAGUGAUCCAAGCAUUUGCGUGCCUGACUUAUUGGAGAGAACAAGAGGACAACCGGACAUGGAUGUAUAUUGGAUAUGCGUGUCGAAUGGCUGUGGAACUUGGCCUCAACCGAUAUCAUGCGAAACCUCCUGCUCACGAAACCGAUUUCCAGCUUCGUGAAAGGCGGAACCGAGAGAGGACAUACCUCGUCCUCUUUGUACAUGACCGGAGUCUCAGCAUGCAGACGGGUCGGCAUUGGAUGCUCCCUGAAGAUGACUUCAUAAGGCACUCUGAAACCUGGCAUGAGCAGGGUGGAUCCCCCAUUCGAUGCGAAGAUGUCAUCGUUUCUGCUUUCGCACAACUCCGUCGUAUAGCGACCGAGGCUACAGACAUGUUCCACACGAACCGGAGUCUUUCGGACGGUGGAAACAGUCAAGUCAAUAUCGAUAUGGUGCUGAAAAACUGCAAUGGGAAGCUUGCACUGUGGACUACUACCUGGGACCAUGAGAUGAGAAAAGCUAACGGAGAGUCUUUCCACUUUUCCUUCACCAAUCUCUUUUGCCUCUAUUCGAGCCUUUUCUUGAAUAGUUUUGGUGUUCAAUCCAGCGUCCCACCCGCCAACCGCACAAAUAGUCAUGUUCGCGCUUUAUCUGCAUGUUUUGAAAAUGCAUUGAGUGUGUUGGGAAUCGCAUCAAAAGACUUUAGGGAAUUUGGUGUUUUGCGCUAUGGACAAGAGACAACCUCCGUUAUGACUGCAUACUCUGCCAUAUUUCUAUUGAAGUUACUCCGCAGCUCUAAUACUCACACAGACUUGCAAUCAGAAUUGCCGGAGGGUGCAGCUCAUCAGAUUCAUACUGCGAUCACGAAAACAGCCGAUGCAUAUCAAGAAGCUUCUCACCUUUCGCCCACCUCAACAUCAGCUGCUUACCACGCUCGGUUUCUGUGGAGUCUUGUUCGUAAUGAUAUAGAACGGGCACGACAAAAUGCUCAAAAAGACAUUCCCAUUGACCCAAACAUUCAAAGUUCAUAUAUAACGAGUGUUCCAUGCGCACCCGAGCAGUUUGCAUGUCCAUCUCCCUUAUCAAUGCCAUAUUCUACGUAUCCAACGCAGCAUCCUGAUAUGAAUGGUCAAAGCGCACCUUGCGGAGGGUCGAACUAUACCGAUGCGUUAGGCCGUGCUUCUGGCUCGUAUGGCCCUCCAAGUCAAAUGUCGGGUUAUAACAUAGGGCAUGUCUCAGAAACCGACUUUCAUUACUACCGCAGUAUGCUAGUCGAGCUUGGUUUUGGAGAGAACGGUACCACCGUUCCUGCCAACGACGGUUUCCGCAAUAUCGCCUACGGGGACACAUCUACUUCUUAUUCCCAGCAUCCAUACGUCCACAUAGCACCUAUGGGACAAAAUGGAUUUGGGACUAGUUGAUGGGUCGUUGCUUAUCUUGCACUUAUUUUCAUACACGUAAUUUUCUGGCAGCACUUCAGUACAGCAGUAGUAUUGGUUUAUGAAUGACUUCAUCGUGGU